GAGUGAAACCCAAAAACCAUUCACUAGAGGAUGCGCUUUGACUCAGAGUUGCAUAUAAACUUUGGAGGAAAAUUUCCUUGUGGUGUUAUUUUGAUCUGUUUCUUCUCAGCCAGUUUACUGCGGCUCGCAGUGGAAGGAUGCCAGAAAAGUUGUAAUAGAAGUGCUGAAGAUCUUCUUGUUUGGAUAAAAAAUAAGGACUAUGAUGGAUCCGUGAGACCGAAUGUGACCGGAGGUCCAGUUGUGAUCGAUAUUGAGACAUACAUUUCAAGUGUGAGCUCUAUCGACGAAAAAGAUAUGGAAUUUUCUUUGGACAUGUUCUUUAGACAACGCUGGAAAGAUUCCCGUCUCACUUAUCAACCACUGCCAGACAAGGGAAUAAAUCAGAGAGUUAUUCUAAGCCCUGAAUUAAGCAAAUACGUUUGGCAGCCCGACCUAUAUUUCAGGAACAGUAAAGAUGCUCGUUUUCACAUGGUACCCACGCAAAAUGUGUUGUUUGGCGUCAGCCCAGAUGGGAGUAUUCUGCUGAGUGCAAGAAUUACAACCGUGCUGGCAUGUCAAAUGAACUUCCGCGAAUUUCCUAUGGAUCGUCAAACCUGUCAUUUCUAUGUUGGUUCUUAUUCACAGACAGAGGAUAACGUCUUAGUAAGAUGGAGAAACGGCCAAGGAGUGAUUGUUCCCGAAGAGCUGGAGAUUCCUCAAUACGACCUCAACCGUGUGGUGAGCAAGGAUCGUAAAGGAGUGUACAAUACAGGAGUUUUCUCAGAGCCAGAGGCAACAUUUGUAUUCAAGAGACGCCUAAUGUUUUAUGUCUAUGGGUUUUAUCUGCCUGUAACUUUAGUCGUACUUCUUAGUUGGAUUUCAUUCUGGAUUGAUCCCGAGUCUACCCCAGCUCGUGUUUCUCUCGGAGUCAUCACCAUUCUAGCCAUGGGCAACUACCUUCAUGGAGGAGGUGCAACUCCAAAUGUUUCGUACGCAACUGCUCUUGAUGUGUACGUCAUCACGAGUUUUGUGUUCGUUUUUGCAAGCCUGAUGGAGUACGCGGCGGUGCACUGCGCAUUGGUCAAAUACCAGGAAUCUGAUCUCAAUGAGCCGUGUAAGCUAGUCAAAUUUGGCAAUCCAGUAGAAUCUCAAGACUCUGAAGAAGGAAUGGUCAACGGAAGCUUUUCUAGCUCGAGCACUGUACAACUUCCUGUAACGUUACGCAGUAAUGAGGAGAGGGGACACACCCUUAGGCGCAAGUCUAUCGCGCAAGAGGCCAAAUUGUACUAUAUCCAGUUCAAUUACAAAUCGCUGGAGAGCUAUUCACGGGUUGCCUUUCCUCUACUUUUUGCAAUAUUCAAUGUUAUCUACUGGUUUACGUACUGUGGAUCAAAGGUCGGUGAUCAAGGAAUCUGCUGACGGUUCUUCGCGCAAACAUCAUGUAGUAUCUUGAACGAAUCGUAGAGCCGACUUCAGAAAGUUUCUUUCUUUUAAUCGGGAACAGUUGUAACAUCAUCGGGAAACUUGCAGAUGGUUCUUUCAGCGAAUAUCAUCUAGAAGCUUGGACGAAUCGUAGAGGGACUUCGGAAAGUUUCUUUUGUUUAAAUCUGGACCAGUUGUUACAUAGACCUAGAACGCAUGUCAUAAUGAAAGCGGAAGGUUUUAUCGCAAAGUGAUGCAAUCUUGAAAGGUGCUGUAAAAGUUGGAUAUGUCAAAGCCUGGAGGGAAGGGUCACAAAGCUAGUUGGCAGAUCUUACGAUGGAAAAACAACUAAUAUGAUCAAAUAUUUAAUUCCACGAGUAGGUUGGCAAAGAUAACCAAGCAGUAGCUCACCGAAAUGUCGUACCCAGGCUCCGAAAAAGAGAGCCGAGAGUUGAGAUUUGAGAUGAAAGAGAAAACUUUGGACUACUAAAGCCGGUCGUGAUUGUAAACUAUGCAAAUAUGCAGUUUAUCGAUUAAACGUAGCAAAACCACAUAGAAAGGACCACACCCUCUCUUAUCUUAAAGUGAGGAUCAAAGCUAGAUUUUGCACCAAUGAUUCGAAAAAUUCUGAUCAAGCCACCCUUUUUUUAUUCUGAUAGAUUUUACACUUCUUUAUAUAAAACCUUUUAUUUUCAGUAGAAUCGGUGUGCUAAUAUUCUAGAGCACUUUUAGUUCAUAGUACAUAUAGGACGUUAAGAUCACAAGAAUGCAAUAUCUAGCCCCAGUCCGCUGUCUCUUUGUUCAGCUUUUAUUAGAUAAUAGUACCAUUAAACUAACGAACUUUCAUUAAAAAUGAUUUUUCAGUGGCUAAGUUAAAAAUGUUUACCAAAUACCAAAUCUACGGCACACAAAUCUUUCGUAGGAAUCAGCAAAUUUAAGUAUUCUGUCACAAAAAGUGGUCUUCUUUUCAAGCCCGAAAUCACGACUCGCACGAUGCGAAAUGAAAAGCAAUGCAUCUCUGAUGAACUUAUGCUAAUGCUUGAAAACAAACUCCACCUCGCGCAGUCUUUAAAAUGUGUUUGAGAUUACAAAAGCAAGGACUUGUACAUGUUCAAUUACUCUGUAAUGAGAAAGAUCUCCUCUUAAGAAAAAGGAAGUGUAACAUAAUCAAUAAAACGAAAAUAGGUUUUGGUGA